AGAACGCAGAGUACAAACACAACCACGCGCGAGGAGGAGCACCUCGCUUCAGCGGGAUGGAGCUCGCGCGGCACAACCACGAACCCUUAAAUCGUUUUUUUAACGGAAAGUGGCGGAAUAUUCGCGUGUGAUGAAACGGGCGCUGCAGAUCGCUUGCAUUUCGCUGGGUUAGUCGAAUCUGACGCGUUGUGCGUGAAAGUUAUCAGCUGAAACGGGAGGUGCGCGUGGAGCAAGACUGGAUUUAAAGGGCCAGCAGCCAGUGUUGGUAAUGCAUUACACCCAACACUGCCAGCAGCACGCAAGCUCGAGCAUGGACCGAUGCGCCACGGAUCUGGACGCGGAGCGGGAUAAACAGGUCUGCGAGCUGUGUGGCAAGAUGGAAAACCUUCUGAAGUGCGGUCGGUGCAGGAUUUCCUUCUACUGCAGCAAGGAUCAUCAAAAACAACACUGGAAAAAACACAAACUUUCAUGUAAAGAGGCUGACAAGACCAAGAUUGUACUACAAACUCCACAACAGCCUGAGAAACCAGAAGGAAAAACUGAUCCAGAUGGGAAACAUCUGAUCACCAGAUCCCAAAGUUCAGAGACUGACAGCAAAAACACACAACUCAAAUCCCAACCACAAAAACUGGCCACUGAUUAUAUUGUUCCAUGCAUGAACAAACAUGGUAUUUGUGUAGUGGACAACUUUCUGGGUGAAGACAUUGGACUGUCCAUCCUAGAAGACGUGAAAGCUCUUCAUCAGACCGGUAAAUUCACUGAUGGACAGCUGGUGAGUCAGAAAAGUGACUCUUCUAAGGACAUAAGGGGGGAUCAAAUCACCUGGAUCGAGGGGAAGGAACCUGGAUGUGAGAAGAUCCGGUUCUUGAUGAGUCGUAUGGAUGACCUGGUCAGGCAUUGCAAUGGAAAACUGGGAAACUACACGAUAAAUGGAAGGACGAAAGCGAUGGUGGCGUGUUAUCCGGGUAAAGGCACUGGUUAUGUGCGCCACGUUGAUAACCCGAAUGGCGAUGGGAGAUGCGUCACAUGCAUAUAUUACCUGAAUAAGAAUUGGGAUGCCAAGGAACAUGGGGGCAUACUGCGAAUAUUUCCAGAGGGUAAAGCUCAGUUUGCAGACAUCGAACCCAAGUUUGACCGCUUGCUUUUAUUCUGGUCUGAUAGACAAAACCCCCAUGAGGUUCAGCCUGCGUAUGCUACAAGAUAUGCCAUAACUGUGUGGUAUUUUGAUGCUGAUGAACGGGCGAAGGCUAAAGAAAAGUACCUAACAGGUGCCGGAGAAAAAGGAGUGAAGGUGGAGCUCAACAAGCCGUCUGAACCAAGCUAACGAAAGAAUCCUUAAUCCAGGAGUUUCCCAGGGACGAGUUUUGUGGAAAAAGGUGACUGGUGUCCACGGCGCUGCAAGAGAAGACGUGGAAUAUUGAAUUGAUAUUUCAAAAACCUUCAAAUGAUUCAACCACAUAGUUCCCACAAAAACCAAAUGACUUUGAAUAAGUGUUAAGUUUGGAAAAGGUACAGUACUUCGUAUUGCAUUUAUAUGAAUGCUUCCCAUGUGACUACUGUCACAGUGCUUAAGAGGAGAAAUAAAUCAAUUGGUUUUGAUUUUGGAAUGCGUUUUCUGCAUUUUGACCUGAUCUUUGAGAAUCAGGCUGCAUCUAUGCUUGUCUAUUUCUCUAUCACUGCAUCAGUAAUGACUUGAUUGUUUAAUUUUAAAGGCACUGUUGCCGGUGAGGGAGUGAAUGUUCGGCAUGUUCAGGGAAUGUUGUCUGAUAUACUGCAGCUUAAUUUUCAGUAGAUGCACAAGAUCAUUGAAAGCCGUAAUCUGUCAUAAUGUACAUACACGUUAUUGUGUAAAUUCAACAAAAUAAAAAGGCUGUUUGCGAUCUGUACGUUGUUGCAUUUG